CUCAGCCUGAACAGAGUUUUGAGAGACUGCCAAAAGAAAACAGUUUUUAUAUCUGGAGGCAGAGAGCAGCAUCACACAGGCUGCUAAUUCUCCUGCUGCUGCUAUCUGGACGAAGUUUAAACCAUGACAACACUAACCCAAUGAAGUCCACCUGGUCUGCAACUCAUCAUACUUCCCAUAUCACCAGCCAGGAUGGUAACCCCCUAGCUUGAUCAGGUCAGUGAAGUUGGGUCAGCGUGUACACAUAAGGAAACAUGGCCUGCACAUCACAGUCCGCGUUAAACUAUGUCAAGCAUGCCAAACCCCAUCUUAUAAGUGGACUAAAGAAUCUCUCUGUGAUUUUGGAGAACUUGAAACAGAAAAAAGUUCUUGGUAAAGAAGAAGUCAGCAAUAUAAAGGCAGAGAAAACUGAUGAAGACAAAAUAAGAACAACACUGAUCUCAGUCAUAAAAAAAGGGGAAGCAGCCUGCUAUGAGUUACUCAAGAUUAUUGACAUGACAAGGAAGAGGACUUUAGAGAAACCGCUUCUUUCUCCUGAGGAAAACAGUGAUGAUGACACUGAGACCAACAAGUUUGAUCUGCAUCAUUGGAUCAGCUGCUUUUCCUUCAAGGAGGACACUCAAGUCGAUACAAACUACUUACAAGGGCCAAGGUCAUGCCACAGAUAUCAAGAAAAGUUAAAGUCAAAAGCAAAAAAAAUAUCAAAUGACUUUUGGGCAGCAAGUAAAAAAUGGUUUGAAGGAAACAAGAGACCUGAUCUGUCAUACACAUCACUUGUAUUAGACACAGAGGAAAGUGUUUGUCCAUCUAAAAUAAAAAAGAUUAAAAAAAGGAAAAGCAAGCUGAGUCGCCCUAAAAAACUGAGGACAUACAUCCCUGAAGAGAAACCAGACAUUUCCCCCAGUGAGCUGCUGAAAACAGAUAGAAACAUUCUCUUGGUUGGAAAACCUGGAAUUGGAAAGACAGCAUUGACUCAUGAAAUGUUGAGACUCUGGGCAGAAGGAGAAAGCAAAGAGCUUGAUUACAUGUUUUACUUUGACAUGAGGGAAACAGCACACAUUGCAAAUGCCAAAAAUUUGGAGGAACUUCUUUUCAGCUUUUCUUGUGGUCCAGGUGAAGGCAAAGAUGAGGUCUUACAGGACAUAGAGAGUCACUCUGACAAUGUUACAAUCAUUUUUGAUGGACUCACAGAUCUCUCUUCACCAGUGGUGGAGAAACUUCUGAACAAAGACCUGCUGCCGCUCGCAAAGAUCAUCAUAACAUGCAGACCAGAUGAUGAGGAUACAAAGUUGUUUUCUGGGAACUUUUACAGAGUGGAGGUCAAAGGCUUUAGUGAGCAGACUAUAAAAACAUACUUAUCUGCAACACUCGGUGAAGAUCAGACGAAGGUUUUGAGUAGCGUGGAGUUGGUAACUCUUUGUCAUGUCCCCAUGUAUGCACUGAUGAUGGCUGUUUGCUUUUCAUCAAAACAUGCUCCACAGCCAUGUACAAUAACUGAGAUAUACAUCAAUAUUGUUCGAUAUUGCCUUCAGAUAAACAGCAGAACUAAGAACCAAAAGCUGAAUUCCUUCAUCAAAACCAAGACAGAAGAAAUUCUGUCUCUGGCUGAAGCUGCUUUUCUUGCAACCCAACAAAAAACUGUGAACCUGACAGACCUGACCUGUGAAGACAGCUGUGUCCUGUCCUUCCUGAAACCACUUCUUAUCAAAGUGGCCCCGACAGAAACAAUAGCCACAUAUGCAUUUCUCCAUUACACAGUGCAGGAGUUUUUUGCAGCACUGUGGAUCCUGAAGAAUCCUGAUAAAAUCAGAGAUGUUUUUCAGCAGUGCCUCACAGAGGAGAAGAAACACUUGAAACAUCUGAUCCCCUUCAUGUGUCGACUGUUGAAUGAGAAGAGCCCAAGUUUGAUGAAGCAUCUGAUUCCAGAUCAGGACCUGAAGAAUACAUCUAACUGGUUCUUCAAGGAGCUGAUAAACACAUUUCUUCCUCAUCUGUGUGAGCAAGAAGAGGCUGAUGCUGAGGACAUACUGUUCUUAUGCCAGUGCUUGUAUGAGUCCCAGAGUCCUGAAGCAUGCAUCUACCUUCUGGACAAACUGGAGUACCAUCUUGACCUCAGUGGAGAGACUCUGGAUCCUUACCCUUGCUGUGCUGUGGCCUAUGUGGUCACUCAGUCAAAGGAAAGGAAAAUAAGGCUGAACCUCGAGGAUGUGAUGAUAUCAGAACAAGGAAUGAGACAGCUGUUUGGAUGCUUUAAAAAUGUCCAAUGGUCUGGCCCUCUGCCUCGACAACUUUGGGAGAUUUUUCUUAUCAGUGAAGAGCAGAUGGACUUUGAAACCUUACUCAGUCUAGAUGGAAACCUUCACCUUCCAGUUGAUGGUGAAAAGCAGCUUUAUGAAAGAGCUGUGGAAGUCAUGCAGAGGAUGCCUACAAAGGUUAAUGUCUGCCUCUACUGGGACAAGGAAACUCCUGCCUGUCACAGUCAGUGUGAGUCUCUGUUAAAGGCUUUCCCGUUCAUCAGCUCAGUCAGCUUCAGAGGUCCAGAGUCAUGGAGCCAGGAGAAAUACCAUGGGACACUGGAGAGGGAGCAGAAGAAGCUAUUCAUGGAUUUAUGCCUGGGAGCAGCACGUCAUGAUGGACCAAACUUCUACAAUGUAGUGAAGAUGCUCCUCCCAUUGUUUCCUGUUAAAACGAACUUAGACAGCAUCUUUCUUGAUUUGUUUACAUAUGUGAAGAGCAAAGAGUUUUUAGGUGAAUUUCAGGGUUUGAGGCCAGAUUUCCAGUCAACUCCUGCAGUCUGGUUCAUAAACCUCUCAGAGAGAAAGACCUCCAUCCUCCUGGAAGUGCUGAAACUCCAACCAGAGAAGAAACAAGUGGAGCUGACAGGCUGCUCACAUGAAGAGAGUGAAGUGAGGAGUUUCCUGCAGUGUCUGCCUUAUAUCUCACAGCUCAGCACCCUGGCAUAGACUGUCCCGGGGAGGCUGGGGAGUGUGGUCCCCCUACAGUUGGAACACACCCUCCGGUCCCCCUUCUUAAAGAUGGGAACCACCAACACGGCCUGACAGUCCAGUGGCACUGCCCCUGAUCUCCACGCACAUUGCAGAGGCGUGUCAACAAGACAGCUUUACAACAUCCAGAGCCCUCAGGAACUCAGGGCAAACCUCAUCCACCCCAGGGACCCUGUCACCAAGGAGUUGUUUAACUGCCUCAGUGACCUCACCACCGGAGAUAGAUGAGUCAUCCCCCUCAUCCCCAGACUCUGCUUCCUCCAUGGGCCAGUGGGAUUAAGGAGGUCCUUGAAGUAUUCCUUCCACUGCCAGACAAUGUUCUCAGUUGCAGCUGAUUUUUAGUUCAAAGAUGAAGCUGUAUUUAAGAACAUUUGAGAAAUGCUGAGAAAAUAAAUUACACUCUGUACACACUCUGGGCAACUCAGUGUCCAGAACUCUGGUCAGCCAACACGCUGUGCUUAUUGCUCCACUUUAUUUGGGGGCGUUUAUGUUGUCUGUUGAGACUUGUGAACCCACAUGAAGACCAGAGAGUACCAAUGAUUUGAAUCAUUGAAUCUAGUUCCACUAAAAGAGGGACAGUUCACCCUGUCCCGGACAGGGUGAACUGUUCCCUUGAUUGUAUACUUAUAGGGGUCUUUUGAUUCCCUCUUAGUCUGCUCCCACACCUAGAACUAAUUUGCCAUGGGAGAGUCUACCAGGGGGCAAAAGUGCUGCCGAUAACAGACAAACCCUCCACCAUGAUAAGGUAGUGAUUCAGUAUUAUCAGUGUCAGGGCUCAGAGUUGGCAGACUCCGUGGUUAGGUUUUGUUUAUUCUUGGGUUUUGAUUCCUGUUAUGAUUUUGGCUUCUAUUUUUCAUGUUUCUUAGUUAUUCUUCUGCAGUUCUGUGAUUUUCUAGCGUUUAGGUUUGUCUCUGUGCCUCUCUUGUGUUCCUUGUGUUGUGUCAUGUCAUUUCCUAUUUUUAUUUUGACAGUGCCAUGCCCUGUGUCAGUGUGUCUAUUUUUUUGGACUAUUUUUUUCCAGCAAUAAAGCUGCCACUUUAAGUUCCUCUUUUCUGUUUAAAUUCUGCUUUUGGGUCCACCUCUUUCCUGCCUGCCUCAGUUUCACAUGACAAUCAGUUUUAUAUUUACACAUUAGUUUUAUCCACAUUGAUCCUUCAUUUCACAUAUAUGUUGAAUUCAGUAAUGAUAAAGAUUCAGUCUUUUUUGUAAUUAUUUUUCAGCUGUUCUUAACACUCACUUGAGCUUUUAGUCCCCUGAAUGGAAAAUG